UUCAGCCUCUUCUGCCGCCCUCUUUCCCACCCCAAUCUGCCCUUGCUCAUAUUCCCCUUGGACAGGACCCCUCUCCUUGCGAUCAGUUUCUUAAAGGACGAAGUUCUUUUAACUUACUUGACCAACUGGCGCCUCGAAAAAGGUCCAACACAAACAACAACCCCACCCCAACCCUUUGUUUUCUUCCCCAGAAGAUACGAAAGUCAACGGGCGAACAAACAAACCGACGACUCAGCAGAAGGGCUCGGCUAUUUCCUACACCGGCGAUAGUGACAAAUUCUUGCUUGCUGCGACAACAAAAUCGGGCAACUUUGAGAAGAAGAAGUUCAAGAGAGUUUGACGCAUUUGCGCAAAAUCGGCGAGCGCAAAAUUCCAAAGCAGACUCUUUCUCGGAAGAAACCCUUUUUACUAAGCGUCAUCCGCCGAAUCGAGACAGCAAGCUGUUGUUUCCUUUUCGAUACAAUCAGAUCCAACCGCAAACAUGGUUAAGGAAGCGAAAUACUACGAGAUCCUUGGCGUCUCGCCAAAUGCGACGGAGCAGGAGUUGAAGAAGGCGUACAAGAUUUCCGCCCUCAAGUUCCACCCAGACAAGAACCCCAACAACCCGGAGGCCGAGCACAAGUUCAAGGAGGUUUCACAUGCUUACGAGAUUCUUUCCGACCCACAAAAACGCCAGAUCUACGACCAGUAUGGCGAGGCUGGUCUUGAGGGCGGUGCCGGCGGUGGUGGCGGCAUGGCUGCUGAGGAUCUGUUUGCCCAGUUCUUUGGUUCCGGCGGCUUCGGCGGUGGUCUUGGUGGCAUGUUCGGCGGCGGCACGCAGAAUCGCGGGCCAAGCAAGGCCAAGACCAUCCACCACGUUCACAACGUCUCCCUCGAGGACAUUUACCGCGGCAAGAUUUCCAAGCUUGCCCUUCAGCGCUCCAUCAUCUGCCCCAAGUGCGAGGGUCGCGGGGGCAAGGAAGGUGCCGUUCGCAAGUGCACAACUUGCGACGGUCACGGUAUGAAGACUAUGAUGCGCCAGAUGGGUCCCAUGAUCCAACGCUUCCAGACCGUUUGCCCAGACUGCAACGGCGAGGGUGAACUUGUCAAGGAGAAGGACAGGUGCAGAGGGUGCAUGGGCAAGAAGACGGUGGUUGACAGGAAGGUUCUCCAUGUCCACGUUGACCGUGGCGUGAGAAGCGGUACCAAGGUGGAAUUCCGUGGUGAGGGUGACCAAGCGCCAGGCAUCCUUGCGGGUGAUGUCGUUUUCCAGAUUGAGCAGAAACCACACCCUCGCUUCGAGCGCAAGGAGGACGACCUGCUCUACAACGCCGAGAUUGAUCUCGUAACGGCUCUUGCUGGUGGAACAAUUUACAUCGAGCACCUUGAUGAGAGGUGGUUGAGUGUUGACAUUCUGCCUGGCGAGGCUAUCUCACCUGGCACCGUGAAGAUGAUCCGCGGGCAAGGUAUGCCAUCAUACCGCCACCACGACUUUGGCAACAUGUACAUCCGAUUCAGCGUUAAAUUCCCCGAGAAGGGCUGGACUCAAGACGAGGCCGCCUUUGAGGCCCUUCGGAAGUGCCUCCCAUCGCCAGAGAUCAUCAACACACCCCCUGCUAAUGCCAUGACGGAACCGGCUGAUAUCGAGGAUGUGGACGCCAGCUCCAAGGGUGGCUUUGGCGGGGCCACUGCCAUGGAUGAGGACGAGGAUGAUGGGCACCCGCAUGCCGAGCGCGUACAGUGCGCUUCGCAGUAA